GCCGUCAAAAUUUCCCGGAGCAGAGGCAGAGCUCAUAGCGGAGUGUGGGCAGCCCAAGAACCACCGCCAGGGAGUCGCAACCGUGAUAGUUGAAGCUCCCGUCCCACACCUCAUUCCCAGCGCAGCAGCAGCCAUUGAUUCUACCUGUCGCCAGCGCCACCCUUGAUAUCACGCCCUCCAACAACCUGCGACGACGAGCGAGCAAUAGGUUGUCGAACAACCCCGCGCCGCCAACCAUCCUUCCCCCACGAAAGACAAACCGAGCGACGACGACAGAGGAAAGAAGAGACAAACCAUGUUGUACGAGACAAUCGGCAUUGUCCGCUCCGGGCACCUCCCCGAAGUAAAAGAGCUGGUCCUCACGGCCGGCAAGAUCAUCCUCCAGCAGGGGGGUGUCAUCCGCGACAUCCGCAACUGGGGCACCUUCUCCCUCCCCCAGGCCAUCUCCCGCGGCCAGCAGCGCCACACAAAGGGCCACUACUUCAUCAUGCGCUACGACUGCGGCAUCAAGGCCAACGAGCAGGUCCGCAAGACGCUCGCCCUCGAUGUGCGCGUCAUCCGGUCCGCCAACGUCAAGCUCGGCAACGGCAAGCUCGAGACGCUGAGCAAGUUUGGCGAGAUUCGGUGGGAUAAGCUGGAGGGGGAGGUGUAAGAGAUGCGGUAGCGGAAAAGAAAAAGAAAAAAAAGGAAAAGAAAAAAAAAGCGAAAAAUAGAAACGGGAUACCCAGAGAUGAACAAUGAACGUGAGGAGCUUACAAGGGAAAGGAGGCGAUUUCAGAGAUAAGAGUUACUGUAUGAUAUGUAUUGUAUAUGGAUUGGCAUGGGAAGUAUGGAAGAAGAGGC